UCUUGAAAAAGAAUUUUUUUUUUUAAUUUUUCCUUUAAAUUUGAGAAUUUAGUAAUUAAAUAAAAAUUUUGAUUAUAAUGGUAAAAAUGUAUGUGUCACCAUGGGGAAUUGCGGCAUUUUCCUGCCUUUGUUUAUUAUUGAUAACAUUCAAAAAACGACGAGCUGUGGAUUCAGUAAAAAAGAAUCGUUGCGCCUGUUGCCUGAAACCCUUCUUGAUUGAUCGUCGUGAAAAUUGCAGUGACUGUGCAGCAAACUCUUGUCUCUUUUGCCAUAAAAAUAAAAAAUGUGUCAAGAAAAAUGACAAUUGUUUAGAAACUGUAGACCCAUUGACGGAAUUUUCAGAGUCUUCAAUCGAAUUCAGAACGACAAAAGUUGAGCAUGUGCAACACGAUUUGGAGACGACUGCGGGUGAUAAAAAGGAAGAAAAUUCGAUGGAAAUUAUACGAGACACAGAUGAGAAAAUGAUAGAAGAACUAAUUGAAAUAAAUAUAAAUCCAAUAAAUCGAACUUAUCAUCAUUCAGCAUACAAAAGUACAACGAAUACGGCGAGCAUGGCCCAAAUGGCACUCAAAGAACUUGUGGAACGUGUUGUCGAGGAGGCAAAAAUGCUGCCAGGAUUAAGAAGUUCUAAAGCGGAGAAAGAAAAGGAGAAUUCAACCUUUGAAGAUCUUCUAGCCACAGCCAUACUUAAUAAAGUGAUAGAAAAAUUUCAAAACGAUUACGUUGACGGAAAUAGAAAUAUCUUAUCAGAAAUAUCUCCCAAUAAGAAAAAAAAUAGCGAAAUCGAAACUAGUUUUGAAAAAGGACAAGAACAGCUGUCUCUUACGAUAGAAGAGCGCAUUGAAGAAGUAGAAGAGGAAAAUGACGUGGAUUUUUCAAACACUCGACGAGUUCCAUUUCCGGAAUUUGGAAUGGAUAUUGUAUCACAAGAUUCAUCGGAUGAAAAUCAAGAACAGUCAGUUCACGAUCAUAUAACUCCCCUUGAAUCGUGGGAGGAAAAUUGGCUUUUUCAAAAAAGAAAAAUGCAAAUUAGAUCCGAUCCAGUGUCAAUGUUGGUUCCAUAUCCAAGCGAAGACUACAGAGCUCUGAUUGGCGAUAAAAAUGUCGAGGACAUUUCCUCUGACGAUGAAAUCGAACAUGAACUGAAAUUUGUAAUCAGCAGCGCUACUGAAUCGUCGGACAAUGAGGAGGCAAAUGUAAUGGAAAAAUUGUCAUCAACUUUUUUAGGUGCUUUCGAAAAUGGAAUCGAAAAAUUAUCAACAACCUUUGGUGGUGAUCAAUUUUUCGAAAAUGGAAUCGAAAUGGAAGACAAUAUCGAAUUUAAAAAAGGAGAUAAUUCCGAGUGUAAAAAAGAAAAUGAGUUUGAAUGUAAAACAGAAGAUAAUGACGAAUGUAAAGCGGGAGAUAAUUUCGAAUGUGAAAAAGAAGAUAACUUUCACUGUAAGAAAAAGGAGAACUUCGAUUAUGAAAAGGGAGAUAAUUUCAAAUUUGUAAAGGAAAAUAAUUUUCAAUCUAAAAAAGAGAAUUUCGAAUAUGAGAAGAAAGAGAAUUUUGAAUGUAAAAAGAAAGAAGAGAAUUUCAAAUCAAAGCAAAACGAAAUGUUUUUUAAUGAAAAAAAUGAGACUGAAGAAAUGUCUGCCGAAGAUCAAGUUCAACAAGAAAGUGAAUAUACCGAACAUUUUGACACUGCGACGCAAAAACACAUGGACAGUUUGACGAAAAUGUACGGACCGAUGGGAAUUGAUGAAGUGGAUCACGAAUCGUCUUCAAAAAUUUCUGAAUUAUCAUUAUCAUCUUCAAAAACUCUUGGGAAGUGCCGCGACUCUGCGGCUUUCAUUAAAGGAGAAAAUCUCGAAAAUGAAAUUGAAGAUGAAGUUGAAUUGGCCACACCUCCACGACCAGGAACAAUCGCAGAACGCGAACACAGAAAGUGGGAAAAUGCACGUCCAAUUAAAAAUAAUCCGUAUAGCAAGAAAAAUAUUCAGAAGAGACUUUUGGAACGACAAUAUAAUUGUUACAGUAUAAUUACUGAGAGUAAUAUUUCAAAAUCAAGUGAUAAACCUUUACAAAUUGUAUUAGGAGCGAAGACUGUCGAUUUCAAAAGGUUUGCGAGAGAUUAUUACAUCAACGAUGCCAUAACUUCUAACGAAGAAAAACAAAGAGAUUUAGAAACAAAUCAACAUUCAAAAAUUGAGGAUGAUAUCAUAGAUUAUGAAUCAAAUAGCCUCGUGAGUGGAGAAGGUCAAUUAAAAGUUUCCAAUUGUCAGAAGAAUAAUGAAGAAGCAGCAGCCAUGAGAAGUUCAGGGGAAAUAAUAAUACCAUCGCAAAGUUGGAAAAAUUCCGAUGUUGAAAAAUUAUUUGAAAAAGAGCGAAGAAAUAAUAAGAAUGAAAUAAAUGCAAGAUUCAAUAACAAGGAUAGUAAAAAUCAUUGUGAUAUUAAUUAUGAAACUUCAAAAUCAUCUCAACAGAGAGUAAUAAAUAAAUUGGAUUUAAAAUCAUUUGGAUAUGAAUGUGGUUUGAGACGAACGCAAUCGAUUCAAUUUGAUAGUAGAAAUCACAGUCAAGCGCAGGAACAAAAACCAAAGAUUGUCAAAGAAAAAAAUGAAUUUAAUUCGAGUGAAAUUGAAAAUGACGACGAUUUUCAAUAUCCAAUGAGUGGCAUAUUUUCAGCGAAAUCAGUGCCAAAUAUUGCGGAUAUUGAUUUUUCUAAUGAUGAAAAACAAAAUAGGAGGAAAAUUUUUGUGAAUUCAGUGGAAAAUCUUUCGAGUGAAAAUUCAAAGGGUUCGAUUCCAAUUUUACCAUCGGUAAGAAAACUCGCUAGAGCGUUUAGCAAAUCAACUGAAAUUAAUUCUUCAAUGCUAAAAAUGGAGAAAAAGAGACCAACGACACCUGAAAUUCUUCUCGUUGAAAAACCAAGACAGCUUGAACAAAACUCAUCCGAAAAUGAAAGAAACGCAGAAAAUAAUAAAAGUUCAAUUGGCGAUAUCAGUAUUAUUUCUCCUGGUAAAUUGAAAAAUAAUAUUCAAUUUUGGGAACAACUACAAAAGCAAAGUUAACAAUUAUCACUGUUAUGAAAAUAUCGAUAUAAACAGAUAUCUAAUAAUCUAGAUUUUUAAAUGUAAAAUACUGUUUUUUAUACGCUCAUUUAAUUUUAAAGUCUUGUAAAAUUUUAGUUUAUUGCCAUUCAAUGUAUUGAAAUUUAUUCAUUGAAACCUAAAAUCAAUGAAGGGCGAAUAAUGUUAUAAGAAGGAAAAUAUCUGCCAUACGAUUGUAAAUUUAAAACAAAUAAAUAAAUUAUAAUUA